AUGAAAUUUCAAAUUCAUUUAUUUCUUGAUACUUCGCCAGCUCUACGAAGUUUGUUUCAAAUCGUCAAAAUGUCCGAUCAAAUCGAUCCCAAAGUUAAAUGUAUCGUCAUGGACCCUAGAGCAUUGCGAAUCUGCGUUUUAUUUCAACAUCUUCAAGGCAUUGAAGUUUUCAAUGCAUAUAAAGCAAUGAGCAAGGUAUUUGGAGAUCACUUUAUGGAAUACCGACACUUUGAAUAUUGGUAUAUGGGACUUGCAAAUGGGAGUUUAACCGUAGACUCUUAUGAUAGAUUUCAUACAUCAGAGAGGAAAGAGUUCACCGGCCUUUUCACCGACGUUCAAGCGAUGAUCCUUGAUAAACUGAAUCCAAUUGAUCUGUUUGCUGCACGCGCAGUUUGUCGGGAUUUCAAGGAUAUUAUUGACAAUCAAAAAUCUACCCUGAAAAAGAUAAUGAUGAAUCUAGAUGAGACAAGAGUUGAUUUAGAAACAAACAAUAGCCAGAUUCGAGGAUUAAAUCUGGAUUGUUUCGAAGUUAAUAUUAUGGUCUGGAUGGAUGAAUGGUACAGAAUUUUUCUUGCUAUUAAAGGCGUUCUUGAAUCAAUUGGAAUCUUGUCGGCAAAAUCAGUUUUGAUCAAUUGGGAUGACACUUAUGAAAUUGCUGAACUUCUGCAACACGUUAAGCCUGAAGUUCUGGAAGACUUAACAAUUAAAUGUCUUGGUUCCGAAAGAGAAAAUCUGGUGGGCCUGGAACAGUGGAAAAAAGCAAAGAAUCUGAAAUUGUCUAAAGUUCCACAUUUUUCUAUUAUUGUCAAGCAUCUCAAUCACUUCAAAUCUAUGAACUUCGACUUUGUUGGAGAAUCUUUCUCAAGAGAUGACAUCAUCAAGUUUCGAGAUGAGGUUCUUCUAAAAUCAACAAAUUUCGAAUAUUUUACUUCUGAAAACGUGAAAUUCAGUGCAAGACUGCUCGUUAAAGUUUUCGAUCUACACUCAACUCCAAGUUCAUCUGGCUCAAUUGUUUAUAAAUCUAAAAAUGGAACAUUCGAUAUUGCUUAUCACCCGAAUGGGUUCACCAUCAAGAAGAAAAUCGACUCGAAUCAUUGA